GGGUUCGUUCAUUUUUGUGACAAGAUACGCAACGAACCAAAGGCUUCGUAAUUGGUCUCGGUUUGCCAAAGAAGGAUAUUCCAUGGGUUCCGAUUGCGGCUCCGUGUCCGCCUGUGACCAUCAAUCUCAUGGAUCUCAUUCUCAUCUCAGUCGUGUUCUAAAUAGAAUGACUCUAAUCUUCUGUUGGCUUACUUGCUUGCUUGGCAUUUCGCACUAUCACACCUCAACAUGUUCACUCGCUAAUCACUGCUGCUGCUACUGCUGCACGAUCAAAGUAAUUAUUUCGUUCGUUCGCUCGCUAGCUCCAACUCAUUUUAUUGUUCGGCCGUGUUCAAACCAGACACUCUUAGACGGACACUUGUAUGGAUACCCACCUACGUUAUACUUCAAAGCCAGAGUCAGAGUCAGAGCUAAAACUAAAACCUUUGUGGACAAAUCCAAUCUUGAUGAUUAGCAAGCCUUCUUUUUCGUUCCCCUCCUCUCCAUCACAGCCUACUAUACCUACCUAAUACUAAAGAUUCAUUCAUGCAACUCAAGUCAAGUUGACUGGUCUUAGCACUGCCAGCCUCUGUCUCGGCAACAGACUAGCUUCAUCUCCGCCGCUCAAUUUGUUGGUCUUGUUUGGCUCUUGAUUGUUCGUUGCUUCUAGGGCCAUGCCUGGUCUGUCUGGUCUGGAAUUGCUCGCCUAUACUAGUAACGAGACCAAGGCUUUACCUUACCUUACUCUUACUCGCCUACCGACCUUGCCCAUACUCUUUUUUUUUACUAGACCUUCCCUUACGUCAAAAGUUGCUUCUGCUCAACGCCGGGCACUUUUCUUCUUUAAUUUUCUCUCCCUUUCUUUGUCACCUUCUUCUCUCCAGACUCCAGACUCACACUGAUCGCCGGCCCAUCUCCGCUCCUCCACUACUCUCGGCCCUCACCGAUUCUUCUCGCGGCCGAUCCAUUGACAUUGACAUCACUGAAAGGGAGCCCUACAAAUCUGACUUAAAGGGAGCUCCAUAAUCGGCAACGGGAGACGGGACCACCACCAUUCGCGAUCCGCCGACGACUGCCUACCUACCUACCUACCUAAUCUUUGAUACGACACGGAGUCAAUUAAUCUCCUACAACCUUUCUUAUUCUUUGGCACGUAUUUAUUUGCAAUUGAUGUUGCAGCGCCCAUGAUAUUAAAUACCCUUGUCAUCAGUACAACCAAAAAGGGAAUAUAACAUUCGUAGUCAGUCGCAAACACAACAAAGGAGAAAGCCGCGAAAAGUUGAAAAUCUUUUACCGCUCGAGAUCGGAUACGACCAAUUCGCCGUCGCAUCACCCAGAACGAACUGCGCACAACCUUUAUCUUGCUGUAUUAUACCUCCAAUCCCUACCAACCAUGCCUCACACCCGAGAUGCGGACAGCGCAUCGUCCUUGAGCGGCCAAUCAAAACGACCUCCGCUCAACCAUCAGGAGAGUGAUUCGCAGAGCGAGAGCAGCGGUGUUAACCAACAACACCAACACCAGCAGCAGCAUCGGAGACACCAUCGUCAUCACCAGCGACAGCACACUGUUGGUCACCUCCACCACGCCCGCGGCCCAGCAUCAAAAGCUGCCCCAAAGCAGCCUAAGCUCAGCCGUCGCCAUACCGAUACCCCCGAUCAGAUCGAGCAGCAGCAGCAACACCGAAUCUCCUCCGGUCCCAAUUCUCACCGACGAGCUCUCAGCGACGCAAAACUCUCUUCUCGCGAGUCUUCGUCUGGCAACCUUGCCAAGAGCGCAUCCCAGACGAAGCUUACCAAGAAUUCCUCCCACACAAAGCUCAACAAGAGUUCUUCCCAGACAAAACUAGUCAAAAGUCCCUCGCAUACGAGAAUCGUCAAGAGUCCUUCGCACUCAAAACUUAAGCGCAAUCGCUCGCAUACAGAAGUCGGGAAGCGCACUCGGUCUGCAGAACUGAAGCGCGCUUCAAGUACAACUAUUGUUUAUCAGCCUCAAAUCUCUCACGGCAAGUCGCAGGUCCAUUUUGAUUUGGGUAACGAGGAGGACGAAUGGGUCGACGCGAGUGGCUCUAAUUCCCCCUACCUCUCCCGCAAGGGCUCUCUCAACAGUAGUAACCACUCCGUGCACCACCCCGACGACCGCGCUGGCGGAUCAAGACCGGUUACACCCAACGAUCCCGCCGCCCCCAAGCCGGCCGAGCAACCGCAACACGAACCGGAGCAACGGAACUCAACGAGCCCCGAGUUGGAGACGAUACAUCACAAGGAGUAUCUCACAUCCCGCAUAUUACAGCGCACUCCGUCCCACGGAGCUCCGCCCCAAAUGAGCGCAGACCUGGCACAGAUCUCUCCUCGCCAUUUUGCGCCAGCCUCUGCUGAUGCCAUAGGGUCAGGAACUCUUGCGGGAAGUAAUCAGGAUGAAUUGACAUCCCGGUUUGUCGAGGCUGUUGGUUCUGGAUUGACUAGUGAGGGAUCCUUCUACCGACCACCUCGGGGGGACUUUCGCCGAUACGAUGAUGCGCCUCAAAAACCUCGUUCUGUGACCAGCUUGCAAGGCGACCGUGAGGAGCGCCGAGAACCCCCAACAAGCGCACCAAAAGACGACAUUGAUGAUAGCGCACUAGCGCCUAAGGCGUCCCGACGGGCUGCGCCGCCUGCCGCUCAAACAUCGCGAACACAGCAGAAGCUUAACCUGCAGCGAGCCAGUUCCGUGAUUGAGCCCGGGCAAGCAGUUGGUGGUGUCGGAGGUGUAGUCGGUCAUACCCCACUCAUCGGUGUCGGUGGUCCCGGAUAUGACGGAGGUAACAGUCGAGAUCCACGUGUAGGCAAGCUCUUGGAGCGUACAGGCAUGGAGUAUCUCGUUGUUCGAAGACAUCUCAACCCUAUUUCUCGUUCACUCGAGCGUCUCAACCAUCUCCCCGGUAUGGACAAAUCAUUGCGCAUCCCACGUCCGGGCACCGCCUCUACAAACGGCAAACGUUCCACAGAUCUCACUAUGCGCCAACACACCCGCAACGUCAGCAUGCCUGAUCCUCGACGGCCGAUGACGCCGAAACGCCCUACCUCAGUACGGACAACAAACUGUGCCUCGUCGAGCUACGACGGCAACGACGACGAUGACAGGCUGACAGACCGGCUAAGCGGAUCAAGCCUGGUUGGUGGUGAAGAGGAAGAUGGUACCGCAGCCAUACUGAGGAACUUAUGGGACAAGUCUAUGGAGUUGAGUGCCAGCACGGAUUAGGAGUUCCUUUUCGUUUCUUCGUGAUUCUAGGGAUCAAGGCGUUAUGGUGCAUCUAUGGUAUAGGAAGUGCUCAAUAGGCACCCAAAGAUAGAAAGGCGUGAAUCAAGACAGCGUCAAUUUAGACGGUAUUAAGCGAAGAUGUAGAAUCACGAUAUUGUUACGUGAAAGCGGUGGCUUGUGGUUAGAAAGGGGACCAGCCUAUAUAAUAAUUCAAUGAAUUCACGCACGUCUAAGAGUAGUUCUCUGUCAAGUCGCG